AUGCCUCCCAAAGGCAAGGUUCAGAAGGCCAUAGCCAAAGGGGACAAGAAGAAGAAGCGGAGGAGGAAGGAAAGCUACUCCAUCUACAUCUACAAGGUGCUUAAGCAGGUCCACCCCGACACUGGCGUGUCCUCCAAGGCUAUGUCAAUCAUGAACUCUUUCGUAAACGACAUUUUCGAGCGCAUCGCUGCCGAGGCAUCCCGCCUGGCACACUACAACAAGCGCUCCACCAUCACCAGCCGGGAGGUCAAGACUGCCGUUCGUCUCCUUCUGCCCGGCGAACUGGCAAAACACGCCGUCUCUAAGGGCACCAAGGCUGUCACCAAGUACACCUCCUCCAAGUAA